AUGAGGCCCUGGGCUCUCCUGCUCAUCACGUCGGCGGGUGGCGCUGUGCUGCUUCUGCCUGCGCUGGGAGGCGUCAGGAGAGUGCCCGCCUCAAAAGAAAUUGAGCAGUGCUGGGUACAGCCUCCGUUACUGUUUUGUAUGAAAAGGUGCACUAAGUUUGGAGGAUGUGUGUUAGAAAAUUAUACAUGCUGCUGGACCUACUGUGGAAACAUCUGCUUGGACAAUGGAGAACCCUAUAAAUCUCUCCUGGUGGCAGAUUCGAGCCAGUAG